AUGUAUGGCUCGCUGCAUGUUCCCCGUAUUCCCGCAAAAGCACUGGCCAUCUUCGACGCCGAUAGCAACUCUGGACCCUCGGAUUGCAAGAAAGCGGAGUUGAACGGAUAUGGAAAUAAUAUACUUGGACAGGAACAUACGCGGUGGAACUUUGAGACCCCAUUAAAGCAUCAGGGGACGGAACCAGGGAACUCUUCGGACCUAUAUGGCGGUAAAUUGGGUGCUUUUACCCCAGUUGAGCAGCAGCAACAAGAUAUCUAUACACGGUCCCACGAGGUAUCAUGUCUCCCUCUUGAACUGGCACACGUCCAGUCAGUGCUUACAGACAUGAACCAAUGCCCAUUGGCUCCUGGAGCUGGAGAGCAAGCAAACUACUAUACAGGUCUUUUUUAG